AUGACAUGGUCAUUGGUGUUGUUGAUGUUUUUGGUGUUGUUGAUGCUGCUCAUCUUAGAAUGCUGUCCUUUCAGGCUGUCCCGCCAGGCUGUCCGUAAGCUUCCCCUUGCAGAACGAUGGAAAGUAGAAAAAUCUGACGGUACAUUGAUGAAGGUUGUGCUCACUCCUUUAAUUCUCUUUACGGAUGACACUUCUGGAAAUCUAUCCAAGCAGUAUAACUUGUUCGACAGCUAUUUGAUGACUCCAGCAGCAAUGUCUUAUGAUGCCAGAUUUUCAAAGAACAAUAGCUAUUUUGUCUGUACCUCAAACAAGAAUCUCUCUGCUGUGGACAUGCUCCCCCCUCUGGUUGACGACAUGAAGAAAUUGGAAAAUGGCAUACCAAUGUAUUCCAUUGUACACAGACAAACUGUUCUUGUUGUUGCUCCGUUGUUGGUCAUCCAAGCAGAUAAUUACCGUCAUUCCGAGUUAUCAAUGCAUAAGAGUAGUGCCACGGCUCUAGAAACGCCGAACCUACUGCUUCCUAUUCUCCACAACCAUUCCCGACGAACCAUUGAGGAUCUCUGCUUCUUGAGAGAUACUACUGAUGCUGCUGUUGUAGAUGCGAUUGAGAAUGACGGCUUUACGGUAAAUGGAAGUGAACAACUCUUGUGGUUAGAAUCAUAUUGCCCUACUUUGGACACUCCCAUUGAGCUGCUGCACACCUUGCCUUUUGGUGUUGGAAAGGCUCUCCUACAGUUUCUUUUCAAGACAACCUUGACUGCCGCUGAAGGAGCAAAACUCCAGACUGCUCUUGCCGACUAUCGAACAUGCCAAGCCUAUUCGAGAAACUACAGGGCUCAUAUGAACCACAGUGGGUCCUUUGUUGGUAGAGACUUCAAGCAGCUCUCUCAGAUAAUUCCGGUCAUUCUUCGAAAUAUCCUCCCUGACGCCCAACAGAACGGUACCAUUGAUCUGACUGCAAAGUGCCUUGAAUCAUUUGGCUGCCUAUCCUCUUUGGCUUACAUGCGAAAUUUCACUGGCAAUAAGGAUGUUUUUCUUGGAUAUAUCACUCGCCUUGGUGAUGAUCUUACUGCUCGUGUGUUGGAGUUGGAUAACUAUUGCAUUAAAGCAAAGAAGACGCCUAUCUGUGUACUCUCUUUGCAACCCAAAUUGCAUAUGCUUCAUCAGAUGGUACAAGAUAUCUGUCGCUUUGGUCUACCUGUCCAUUAUGAAACUGAGCAUGGUGAACAGUUAAAUAAGUUCAUCCAUGAAGAAAUUCUGCGCACCAAUAGGCACAACCCUUCAAAGGACGUUGCUGUUCCAUUCGCUAGGCAGUUUAUCAUCCAUCAUAUCGUCAGUGGUGGAUCUUACUUGGCCGAUUACAAAAACCCAGAAACAAAUAGAACAGAGAUUCGAAUGGUUGCUGAUGUUAGCCCUGGCAUCAAAAAAUUCAAAAUUGACAAUCCAAAGUUCUUUUCUAUCUUAUUUGAUUCCCGUGAAAAUGCUGACAAUAACGACUACCAAGAGGUCUCCAAAACUAAUAUGCGCAUAGGCACAUCUGGCAUAUUUCAUGCAAACACAGUAUAUGGAAUGAACUCGUUUUUUGGAAUAAUUACAACAGUGGAAAGGGAAAAUUACACUAUCCAAAAAUACGGCAUAGAAACAUUUGAUAUUGCAAUUUCUUCCCGUUAUUUUUGUAGUUAUAAAAGUUUUUUAUUCUACCAGUUUCUGACCACAUUGGACAAUAACCUAGUUAUUAAGCCUAUUGAAGAAGAAACUGAGUUUUUUUUUUUUUAA